AUGUCAACACCUACCACUUCAAUUACACCAACCCCUAUUCCUGUCGACGUUACUCCUCCUGCUACUGGAAUUAGCUGUGGUGCAGUCACUUGCGAAGAUCCACAACAAUGUUUUGCGAAACGGCAAGGUCCGAAAUGUGGCAAGAGGGGUACCUGGAGAUUAAACCCGAUGGUGUUUCCACCCAUAGAAUAUAGGGGAAGAAAAAUUGGGAAAAAGGAGGAUGAUCGAUGUAUAUUAUUUGAUUAUUCUUCAUGGACUAAUGAAAAUAUUAAUUGGUUAUUGACAUUUAUUUAUCAAAAUUGGGCUAAUUAUAAUGAUAAUUAUAAUAAUAUUAAUAAUAUUACACUUCCUUCGGGUAGUUUUGUUAGACCAUUAGAUUAUAUUGGUAGUUGUAAUUACGUUUUACCAUAUGAAUUAGAAUCAUCGAAUAAAAUAUUUUUACAACAAUUAUAUUGUGAUAAUGGUCUGUGCAAGAAAAAAUUUGAUACAGAAGACUCAAGUUGUUUUUCAUCAAAUCAAUGUUUAUCUCAAUUGUGCGGUGAUGCAAUAGCGACUCAACCGAAUGAUGGAAAUACGACGUUCACAGGAACGACAUGUAGAUUCGAUAAUUUUGCAGCAUAUGAUCAAUUAAAGGGGAAUAGAGAUUUAAAUGUAAUAAUAAAUAAUGAACAUCAUCAUACGGAUAACAAGCAAAAAAAUGGUAGAAACUCGGAUUCAAUGCUCGUUGUGGUUAUAAUUCUAUUAAUAAUACUAUUCGGACUGAUAAUUUGUGGUUACGCUCGUAGAUUAUUUAGAAAACAGGACGACAAUAAUGACAAUAACUAUUCACGUAGGGCAAUUGAUCCUGAAACUGGUGAAAUCAUCACUUUAGGUGGUAGGGUAAGAAGAGGUGCCUCUAUAUUACUUAAUCGGGGUGGUUCUUUAGACAGAACAAACAGCGUUAGAACUUUACCUCCAUAUACAGUUGUGGCUGAAGUUCAUCCUGCUACUUCCAAUGUAAUCGUUACUUCAAUCUCUCAAGCAUUUUUCCCUCCUGGUGAAUUGCCUCCUCCCUAUGAUUCAGUUACAAGAGAUGGGGAUUCUAAUACGGGGCAUGAUGCUACUACUUUAGAUGAGGUUAGAGAAGAGCCUCAUUCUUCUGGAAGAGAUGCUAAUAAUGAUCACCCUCCCAAAGAAUUAAGUAUGAAUUCCGAAUCAUCAGAACCUACUUCUAGGCAAUCCAAUUCAGAAUCUGACAGACGAGAAGGGGAUAAUAGUGAUGCGGUAACUGCUUCUUUGACUGAUAAUCCAAAAUGA